AUGCCUCAGCGCGGCACUUCAUCACGCGGCGGCCGCGGAGGAAAGGCCGCUGGCGGGGCCGCUAAGCGGAAGCGGGACGCGUCCGAUGCGGGGAACAUGGACGACAUCCAGAAGCGAAGGACCGGCAAACGCAGCAAAGAUCAGGGGCUCGCAUGGCAGCAUCAAUAUUACCAGGGCAAAAGUGUUCUAGAUAAGGAUAUGGAAGGCGUGGGUUGCGGAUGGUGUCGCCUCGCCACGCCGGAGGUUCCGUUCCACUCACCAUUCACUGGCAAGGGCAAGAUCAUGGUCAGGUCUGGCACUGAGGGGCCUGGAGGUGGAAGUAUUCGACUUUGCGGCCCCAAAAACUACCUUGGUGUCCACAAGGACGGAGUAUUCGAUGCAGCACUCUUGAUUCCGUGCCGGCAUAUUGUAAUCAUCGUGCCGACUGGCGCCACGGGAUCGUCGUCAAUCAAACGAGAGUAUCCGCAGAUGAUAUCCUUCACUUGGCCUGAGAAGCAAGCGGAUGAAGAAUUACGCGGCACAGUCGGUGAAGCCGCAGAUGGAGAGAAGGACACCUAUGGCACUGUGCUCAAGCGGGCCCUGGACGACCAGCUGAAGGCUUUCGACAAGAAAGUUGUCGACCUCUGUGAGGACCGUUCGAACCUUUUAGAGGGCGUGGAGGCGACGCUUUCGCCGCCAACAGACACACGAGUCAAAUCUAAUGUCGAUGGUCACCUUCAUUUCUUGAAACAAGGCAUCCUCUUCGCUGCAAAUCUAUUUCAUGAGGAGUUCCAGACGAUCUUCCUGCCGUUCCAUUCCUUGGAAAACGUCAUUCUUAUUCAAGCCCGCGAUAGCAAGCGCAAAACGGUCGGGUUGAAUCUGAUUUGCGGUGCCACGGAGCCAUUCUAUAAAGACAAGGACGAUGGCAAAGGCACCACCUUGAUGUGUUUCCGAAAAAUCGAUCAAUCUCUGAUGGACCGUCUUCAGAAAUAUCUGAAAGACCACGACGUCAAAGUCAUGCUUUGCGAGCAGUCUUUCUAUGAUUACGAUAAGGACAAUCAGAUCUCGUUCUGCAUUAUGUCGGCACAUGGAUUCUUUCCCCUGCCACAAGAAGUCACCGCCGCCCAGCGCAAGCUGGACCCCGCCGACGCGGGAAACCUGGACGGCAUUCAGAAGCGGAGAACCAACGCAAGCAGGGCGGCAGGCCGCGCAUGGACGGAUCAGUACUACCAAGGCAUCGACUCGACCAAAUUCCAUGGAUUGGGGUGUGGUCUCUAUGCAUUCGGAGCCCCGCGAGUGCCUUUCCAAUCGCCCUUCACCUGUGACGGCAGACUCGAAAUCAGCUCAGGACUUGGCGGGCCUCGAAGUGGCUCAAUACGUUUAUGCGGGCCGAAGGACUACUGGGGUCUCAGCAAAGAUCCCAGGUUUGGGCUUGACGCAAUCUUUAUGUUACCAUUCAAGCAUGUUGAUCAUCAUCAUACCAAAUCUAUCCAUUUCAGUGACCAAGAUGAGGCGUACCAAAUCAUCAUCGUUCCUACAGGCGCGGUAGGCGCGUCUUCUGUGAAGAGAGAAUACCCUCAGAUCAUCUCAUUCAGCUGGCCAGACAAGACGGCAGACGGGGACCUGCAUAGUCACGAGGCUGCAGACCCUGAGAAAGAUACUUAUCUUUCCGUAAUGGUGAAGGCUAUGAACGAUCAUGUUAAGCUCAUCAACAAAGCUGUGAUUGAUCUCACCUCUGAGACAGGAAGUGAGUCUGUGAUUGAGCAGACCGCAGUCUUGUCACCACCGACGGAUUCGAGGUUGUACCUCAUGGAUCAAGGUGUCUUCUUCAACUCCCAAUCGCAUAGAGUUUACCUAUCUUUCGAUUCGGUGGAGAAAGUAAUGACCAUUCUUGCUCAUAACACGAAAGAUCAGGGCAAGAUCGCUGGACUUAAUUUGAUUUUCAGCGCGACAGAGAGAUCCUCCAACGCUGAGGAAGAAGAGACAGAAAGUCAGACUCUGAUCAAGUUUAUUCAAGUGGACCAUACUCUUUGGGAGAUAUCAAGAACUAUAUGA